AAUACCGGCAACCUGCGUAAUUCAUAACCAUAACCAUUGCUCGCACGAUCUUAUCACGCCACAAGUCUGGAUGAUCUUCCCCUUUUGCGCAUGCAUUUCCAUACCAGCAAGCUUCUCCCGGAGCGAAUCGAUCCUCCUCGUUUCUUCAGAUUGUCCUCCGAUACUCAGCUAAGAUUCCUGCCACAAAAUCCCUUUUUUUUUUUUUCUGGGUCUCGCGUGUGUUCUCGCGUUCUUCAUCGAUUCCGAAUUCUUGUUCUUUCGGUCCUAUUGGGUGUUCCAAAAACCAAGUCUUUUCUUUUGGUUUUUGCACCCUUUAAUUCAUGUGUCGUUUUUAGUUUGAUUCCUCCGCUGAAGUGCAACGAUCUCUCUCAAAUUGUUGAUGGGUCUCUGAUCCGGAUCAGAGAGCCACGAAUUUGAUUGCAUUUCGGCGUAGCGGGAUUGACAAGGAACCGACCAGACGACCCGGUUGUUGAAAUGCCUGAGGGAGGGUUCGGAAGGACUUGUUAGCUAGAUUGGUGUGAAAUUUUGAUGGGAAACUCAUGCGUGGGACCGAAACUCGGUGCGAAUGGAUUCUUAAGUUCCGUCAGCGCGGCGAUAUGGCGUUCCAGACCGCCGGAGGACUGCCUCCCUCCUCCCCCGAAUGGUGAGAACAGCAGCAAGAAUGCGAGUAGCAGCGGCACCGGCACCAAUGAUGCAAAAUCCAAGUCCUCCACUGUUCCAAUUCAAAGCGCACCUCCUGAGCCUGUGAAGAUUGAUGCUCAGGAGCAUAAACAGGCUGAACCGGAAAAAACGGUCAAGGAAGAGGUAAAUAAACCUCCGGAGGCAGCGAAACCGAAGAAGCCGGGGCACAUGAAGAGAAUUUCGAGUGCGGGGCUUCAGGUGGAUUCGGUGCUGGGGAGGAAAACACGGAAUCUGAAGGAGAUCUAUAGUUUAGGCCGUAAGCUUGGACAAGGUCAAUUUGGAACUACAUUUCUAUGCAUAGAGAAGGGGACGAAUAAGGAGUUUGCCUGUAAAUCGAUCGCGAAGAGGAAGCUGACGACGGAGGAGGAUGUGGAGGAUGUGAGGAGGGAGAUUCAGAUAAUGCACCACUUGGCAGGACAUCCAAGUGUUAUAUCGAUUGUGGAUGCGUAUGAGGAUGCGGUCGCGGUUCAUGUCGUGAUGGAGUUAUGCGCCGGUGGUGAGCUUUUCGACAGGAUCAUUCAGAGGGGACAUUAUUCAGAAAGGAAAGCAGCUGAGCUUGCAAAGGUGAUUGUAAGUGUGGUGGAGGCAUGCCACUCAUUAGGGGUGAUGCACCGGGACUUGAAGCCUGAGAAUUUCCUCUUUGUAAACCAUGAAGAGGAUGCUGCGCUUAAGACGAUUGAUUUUGGAUUGUCUGUGUUCUUCAAGCCAGGUGAAAUGUUCACUGAUGUGGUGGGGAGCCCUUAUUAUGUGGCUCCGGAAGUACUACGGAAACAUUAUGGCCCGGAAUGUGAUGUUUGGAGUGCGGGGGUGAUCAUCUAUAUAUUACUAAGUGGCGUCCCCCCCUUUUGGGAUGAAACGGAGCAAGGGAUAUUUGAGCAGGUAUUAAAAGGAGAACUUGACUUUAUAUCCGAACCAUGGCCUAACAUAUCUGAGAGCGCCAAGGAUCUGGUGCGGCGAAUGCUUGUAAGGGAUCCGAAGAAGAGGCUUACAGCCCAUGAAGUUCUCUGUCAUCCUUGGGUUCAGGUUGAUGGCGUUGCUCCUGAUAAACCCCUCGAUUCUGCUGUUUUGACUCGUUUGAAGCAGUUCUCUGCUAUGGACAAGCUCAAGAAGAUAGCAAUCAGAGUCAUGGCUGAGAUCCUCUCAGAAGAAGAAAUUGCUGGUCUAAAAGAAAUGUUCAAGAUGAUCGACACAGAUAAUAGUGGGAACAUAACUGUGGAGGAACUGAAGGUUGGCUUGGAAAAAGUUGGCGCAAAUUUGAAGGAUUCAGAAAUUAAUGGUCUUAUGCAAGCAGCUGACAUCGAUAACAGCGGUACAAUAGACUAUGGCGAGUUCAUAGCAGCAAUGCUCCAUCUAAACAAGAUCCAGAGGGAAGAUCAUAUGUACGCAGCUUUUUCCUACUUCGACACAGAUGGGAGUGGGUACAUCACCAAGGACGAGCUGCAGCAGGCUUGCGAGCGGUUCGGCCUAGAUGAUGUUCCCAUAGAAGAGCUCAUAAACCAGGUUGACCAAGACAAUGAUGGACGCAUCGACUACAAUGAGUUUGUGGCUAUGAUGCAAGACACUGUUUUCGGCAUGAAUGUAGCUAACAGCUAGAGUAUUGCAAAGAAGUAAAGCUUCCACCACGUUAAUACAUGAUCCGGGUAGGUGAAAAAGUAACGGUUAGAGGCCACUAAUGUGCUAAUUAGGUAGCGGUCUGCGAAGCAUACUUCUGUAAUUUGUAUAGGUCAAUCAAGUGUUAAAGAGAGGAGAUAGAGUGUUAGAGUCUUUGCUAUUUGUAUUUAUUACUCAUUUUUCUGUUUUUGCCAUAGGUGUCAUCACUCUUUCCGUUUUAUAUUAUUCCCAUCUAUGUGAUUUGAAGUUUCCAUUUUCACCUUA